GCAGCCCUCUCUCAUUGGCUACCAGUCCCCCUCGGGUCGGGGGAGGAGCGUGUGGCCCCGCCCGCUCUCCCCGCUCCGCGUUCCUAUUGCGGGCGCGGGAGGAGGAGGGCGGUGCGCGAUGGCUGCGGGGGGCUCGAUUGGCCGAGGGGCGGUGCCGGGGCGGGAGGAGGCGGGGCGGGGGCGGGGCCUUCCCCUCCCCUCCCCGUCGGCGGGAGGGAGCGGCUGCGGCGGGGUGCGAGGCCGCCAUGAGGUAGGCAGGAGCCCCCCGUAGCUGAGUGAGGCAGCAUGGCAAUGUUCUUGGGGGCCAGGAAUGCCCACUCGGUCCUGAAGCGCUUUCCCCGAGCCAACGGCUUCCUGGAGGAGAUCCGGCAGGGCACCAUUGAGCGGGAGUGCAUUGAGGAGGUCUGCAGCUAUGAGGAGGUCAAGGAAGUGUUUGAGAACAAGGAGAAGACGAUGGAGUUUUGGAAGGGCUACACCAACUCUGUCUACUCUGUCAAGGACCCUGGGCACAGCACGGAGCGCUCAGACGCUAUGUACGUAGUGGUGCCCCUCUUGGGAGUGGCUCUUCUGAUAGUCAUCGCCCUCUUCAUCAUCUGGAGGUGCCAGCUUCAGAAGGCCACCCGCCACCGCCCUUCCUAUGCCCAGAACCGUUACCUGGCCAGCCGAACGGGACGCAGCCUUCCCAGGGUCAUGGUGUACCGGGAGCGGUCGCAAAGCCAAGGGGAAACCCAGUAUCAGCGAGAUGCAAGCAACCGGGUGGCUGGAGAUGGCAGAGCUGGGGGCACCCCCCAGCAAGAUGGCACCCUCUACCCGCCGGAGCAUUCGGUCUCUGUCCUCUCCAGACUGUCCAGUGCCACCCCUCCGCCUUCCUAUGAGGAGGUGACGGGCCACCCGGAGAGCAGCAGUGGCGAAGAGACCAGCGUUUCCUAUAAUGACCCGCCACCCAAGUAUGAAGAGAUCGUGGCCACUGCCCCUGCUACGGGCAAAUAGCGGGUCUGCCUCCCUCCUGCCUCUUCACACACUCACGCUCACCCACCCACCCUCCCUUCGCCAUGCCCGGGACCCCCUUCAGGUGCCAGUUGGCACCCCGUCUCACCUGUACGAGCUGGUGCCAUCACACAAUAGCCUUACCCUCCUAACCAAAAAUAGCUGUCCCCAAGUGGGGUGAGGCUGGGCUGCGGGGAUGGCUCUGGAGCCAGCCAGCCGUUUCGUGCCCCUCACUUCCCACUCACGUAAGUGCUGUAGCAGCCAGAGCAGAGCGGCAGCUUGUUCCUGGCUCAACACGGGGGUCUCCCCAUGGUGCAUUUGAUUUCCUCACUUCCCCCUCGAAUAGACAUAACAUUUCCCAUGAUUAAAACAGCCUCGCUGCCUCCCUGGGGUGCUGCUCAGCCUUACCCCCUGUCCUCACUGGGCCCCAUUUUGCUGGUUGGGGCUCUGAUUAGGAGUUGGGGAUGCAGGAGGGGUGCUGCGGAUUUCGGUCCAUCCCCACAGUUGGUGCCCACGCUCUCUGUUUAGGGAGAAGGUGUUUCCCUUGUGUGGAUUUGCUGCCAGGUGCGAGUGGGGAGCCCAGUCCAUCCUGCGGUGCCUGUAGCAAUAUUCGCUGUCUGGAGAUCAGGGAAGAGCAGUCAGGGAGGUGCCCUCUGAUCUCCUAGAUCCCUUUGGAAAGGGGGAAAGGCUUGUGGUGGUCUUGUACGUGAGGUAAGUGACUUUGGAGUACCAGGUCCUUUUCCUGAUGCUCUCCACUUUCCCCCUGUGCGGUGCAGGGCAGCUGGAUGUCUGGCUGCGGCGGAGCUGGCCGAUGGGGUCAUCUCUGACCUUGAGCCAAAGGUGGUCCCAUGGCUUUAAGCAGUGGGGGUGCUCCUCUUUCCUGGACUGUGGCCUGUCUGGUGUCUUCCCCAGAAGUGAGACGCUGGCACAGGAAGCCUGCAGAUGGGCCAAAACCUCCCCUCUCCCUACCCCAAACCCCUGCGUCCUGCCUGGCUCCUCUCUUUGGGGCUCUUUGUCCUCCAGUGCAGGUAAAGGGAAAUUCGAGACCCUGCUCUCCUCCAGGCCUCUCUGGUGCGCCGAGUGCUUGGUGGCCAUGGCCACGGUGCGGAGGGCCUGCUGACGGAGGCGGCUGCAGAGGUGAGAGCUGACUGAUCAUGACACGACCCGGCGAUGCCAAUGGGUUGAGAGUAAGGCCAAACCCUGACUGGCUGGUUGUGGUGCCAGGGCAGUGCAGAGCCAGGUGCUUUGCUUGUGGGACCAGAGUGUCCCCUUUUCCCAGGCAGCUGCUUUUGGGGUCCAAGCAAUGGGGCUGUCCUUUCUCAGUCAUGUCUGAUGGGUUAAAAAGGGGGUUGUGCUCACCAGCCCCCAAGGAGUAGCCCAGAAACUCCCAGCACUGCCACCCCUCGGUGUUCACCCCAGCACCAGUCUCUCCACCAGCACUGAAAGGCUAUUGUACAUCCACUGGCUGCCCGCACCCCGCUCAGUCCCAGCGAUGCUCUCGCAGCAGGUGCCCUCAGCCCAGAGCUGAGGCUUGCCCAGCAUGGCCAUUCCUAGGGCAGGACAUGUGGGGUUUGCAGCUGCUGGCACCUUGUCUGUCCCCUCCCAGGCCUUUACUCUGCCUUUCGGCCUUAGCAAAUUGGGGUUAUGGGAAGGCCUGGCAGUGAGCGUCAGGGUCAGAGCCUGGAAAAGACCGGAGGGAGACAGAAGGGCGCUCUGCCUCCUCUGUCUUUGAUGCUCGGUCAUUAACCCUGCAGUUUGUAUUCUGUAAAACUUGGUAUAUUUCUGUGCAAAAAAAGGUAUUUAUUAAAAAACCCUCACUGUCUGA